AUGACAGAUGCGAAGAAAGCAAAAAUGUGUCCUCAUAGACUCGCAAUUAGCGCAGUAUGGCCUUGCACUGCGUUACGAUGUCGAAUUGAUUGUAAAAAGAAUUACCCACCUACUGGUACUGGUCUUUGUUCGGCUGAGGAAGGAUUUUGCGACUGCCAGGGUCCUUAUAUCAGAUUUGGACUUGCAAAACUAGUUGAUAAAACUGGAGAGAAUGAAAUUUCUGUUACUAAAGUUGUUGGUACAUAUGGUUAUCUUGCACCAAAAUAUCUAAGUGAUGGCCGUGCCACCUCGAAAAGCGAUGUUUACGCCUUUGGUAUGUUAGCGGCUCUUAAGAACUCACCAAACUCUAUGAACAUGUUUAGUUUGAAGGAGAUUGUCGAUCCCAACAUGAUGGAUUUGUACCUGCAUGACUGUUUGUUCAAGAUUGCAAUGUUGGCAAAGCAAUGUGUGGAUGAUGAUCCUAUUCUAAGACCAAACAUGAAGCAAGUGGUUAUAUCGCUUUCACAGAUACUCUUGUGUUCCAUUAGAUGGGAAGCAACCCUUGCUUGA